AUGUCAGUUAUGCAAUCAUUGCCGCGUCCAAUAGAGACGUACCACACCAAGACCUACGAUCGCAUCGCCAAGCAUCACGGCUUCGAUGGCAUAGGCAAGACCGUGGUCAUCACAGGCGGCGCGAGCGGUGUCGGUCUGAGCAUCGCCAGGGCUUUUGCCGGAGCCGGUGUUGCGCGCAUCGUCGUCAUCUCGCGCUCCGCGGCGACACAGCAGGCGGCGAAAUCCGAGCUGAACGCUUCUUACCCUUCGACAGAGAUCCUCACGUUUCAGGCGUCCGUCACAGACACUAAGCGUACCGCCGAGAUCCUGCAAGAGGUUGGCAGCAUCGACGUGCUCGUCCUCUGCGCCGCCGUGGCCCACCCUCGCGUCCCGAGUCUCGAGAUCAGCGUCGAGGAAGUGCAGGACGCCUUCGACACCAACACUGUAGCCCCCUUUGCCCUGACCAAGGCCUACCUGGGCAUGCCGAGCCCACAGAAGAAGACUGUGCUCAACGUGUCGUCGGCAGCGGCGCAGCUGACUGUCGGGCUCCGCGUCGGGUACGGCCCCAGCAAGGCAGCUGCUGUGCAGAUAUUCCAGCACCUGGCUGCGGAGCACAAGGAAGAGGAUGUGAGGCUCGUCUCGUUCCACCCGGGCGCGCUGUGGACGCCCGGUACAGAAAAGGCCAUGGGCAAGGCAUUCCCAAAGGACGCGCCGCUGUGGGAGGACAUCAAUCUGCCCGGGCAUUUCGCGCUGUGGCUGGCCGGGCCCGAGAGCGGUUUCUUACACGGGAGGUAUGUGUGGGCUCAGUGGGAUGUGGACGAGUUGCUUGCGAUCAAUGACAGCUUGGCUCAGAGCAUGUUGACAUUAGAGUAUCUAGCCUUUUGGGCUAAGAAAGGCGAGAUGAUUAGACUCGAAGAAUACACAGACGACCUAAUAGACUUUAUACACACACCCCUGGUCCAACAAAUCACCGGAGGCAUCCACGUCAAUGACGCCCUUGUCUACGAUGCCUGGGACGCGCUGCCACAAGAGUGGACAGCCUGGUGGGAAUCCGUCCCGGACCACCGCAUAGCGCAGCAGGACUUGAUCGACAGUAUCGACGAAGACCGGACUUUGGCUGAUGAUGAACACCGACCGGCGUCUCUAACACGCUGGCUGCAAUCGCUGAGAACACUCUGCCUCUCAAGGGGCCAGCGGCCCAUGCCCGUCUUUGACUUGCCAGACGUCUUGAAGGACAGGAUGAACACCAAAAAGAUCGCUGAAGUGUCAGUGGCCGUGGCGUUCAUCGAAAGAGCUUGCCGAGAGAGUGGCAUCACGCAUGUUGUCGACAUGGGGUCCGGUCAGGGCUAUCUCUCUGCGUCGCUCGCCUAUCUCUUCCCCUCACUCCGCGUGCUCGCGAUCGACGGUAGCGAGUCGCAAGUCGCCGGCUCCAAAGCCUUUGCCGGUUCGCUUGGAGUCUCCGAGGACGGACUCACUCACUUGGUCCGCUACAUAAAUGGGCCUCCUGAGCUCGUGGACGAGAUCGAGGCUUGGGCCGGCGGAGAGAAGUGCAUGCUCGUCGGUCUUCAUGCCUGCGGCCAGCUAUCGGAGCACAUGUUGCGAUACUUCACCGCGAUGCCGUCGAUCGUAUCUCUAGGCGCUGUCGGCUGCUGCUACAAUCACGUCGUUCCUCGUUCCGAGUCAUGCCCCGAAGGGUUCCCCAUCAGCAACCGGAUGAGAGCGAGUGGUGUCACGUUAAGUCCGACGGCGUUGAUGACAGGGUGUCAGGCACCGAACAAGUGGGAGCGAGCAGACCCGGCCAAGGCGAAAUCGACGCAGUCCAAGAGGCGCUUUUACCGCGCGCUCCUGGAGAAGGUCUUCUAUGACAACAAUAUCCGCCUCGAUGCAGAUCAGCGGCCGACAUGGGGGAUACGAAAAGGCGACCUAGACAGCUUCCAAAAGUUUGCGAGACGCGCAAUGGCCAGCCUAGGCAUCGAAGAGAACAGGAUAUCCACAGAAGAUCUUUCGGCAUACGAGGAACGAUACCGGAACUACGAGGGCAAAGUGGCUAUCCUGUGGACGCUCAGUGUGCUUUGUUGCAAGAUCGUCGAGAGCGUCAUUGCGAUGGAUCGGUAUUGGUAUCUCGUCGAACAGGGAGCUGAAGAUGCGGAAGUGGUUCCCAUUUUCGACUACAGGAUAUCACCAAGAAACCUGAUGCUGGUAGCGACAAAGAGGGAAUGA